CUGUAACAAAGAUUUCAAAAUGGUAGCAGCUGGCGCAAACCCUAACCGCGAAAAGGGUGGUUCAGCCUUAAAGCGACUGAAGAACUCUUUGAAGACUGCCGGUAUCAUUGGCCAAACCUCUAGAGCCAGCUUAUCGAAGAAAGACAAGAAGAGAGGAAAUCCAAGCGAAGUUGGCAAGCAUGACCGAGCCGAAAAGCUGAAUCUGAUCAAGGGAGAAAUGAAUCCAUUUGAAAUGAAGGUUACAAACACAAAGUUUGAAGUUCUCGGCCGUAAAGUCAAGGGUGCUGUCGGAAAGCCAGCGCUGACGAAACAAGUUGGUGAAGACAACCGAAAGAAAACUCUUCUUAAAGAGAUGAAGAACAAGGGAAAGGCUGGAGGAAUUGUGGAUAAGCGAUUUGGAGAAGAGAACCCUAAUUUGACACCUGAAGAAAAGAUGUUGGAAAGAUUUACAAAGGAAAAGCAGAAACAAACACGAUCGACCUCGCUUUUUAACUUGGAUGAUGAUGAAGAAAACUUGACUCAUUAUGGACAAUCUUUGGCUAAUAUCGAUGAUUUCGACGAAGCAGAUCUAGAGCUCAGUGAUUCUGAAGACCGCGGUGUCAUUGACCCUAACACAGUUUCACGCUCCCAUUUCGGUGGUUUCGGUGAAGAGGAAGAAGAUAUGAAGCACUUUGACCGACCAAAAUCGAAAGCAGAAGUUAUGCGAGAAGUCAUUGCCAAGAGCAAACUUCACAAGCUUGAAAGGCAAAAGGAGAAGGAUGAAAACGAUGAUGUACGCAAAGACUUGGACGACGAAUUCGAAGAUCUUCGGGGAUUGCUCGACAUGGCCAAACCAACAGCACGACGACCACUACCUUCACAAAACUCAGUUUACGGUAGAGUGGAAGACGAGAGAAAAGAUAAAGAGUUGGAUGAAGCUGCUCAAAAGGCAUCGGCUCCCACUGUGGAAGAAGAUGAAUAUGAAGAUUAUGACAAGUUUGUGCGAGAGCUUGCAUUCGAUCAGCGAGCAAGGCCAUCUGACCGAACAAAAACUGAAGAAGAGAUUGCUGUUGAAGAGAAAGAGAAGUUGGAAAAGGCAGAAAAAGCAAGAAAACGCCGUAUGGAUGGCCUAGACAGUGAAGAUGAGAAUACUCCUGAAUCAGGUCGCCGUUCAGCAAAGGGCCCCGCCAACAAGAAGCGAAAGAGAGCGCCACAGGCUGAUGAUCUGGACGACGAUUUUGAAGAUCAAGAAGGCCUUGAACUUGGUCAUGGUCUUACACUUGAAGAUAUAAUGAAUGCAAAUGGUGUUGACGAAGACGAAUCUGAAGAACAAGGCGAAAGUGAAUCCGAAGAGGAAGAAAGCGAGAAUGAUGAAGACGAAGGUAGCGCUGAUGAAGAUAGCGACAUCGCUGACCUUGAGAGCUCAGACGAAAUGGAAUUUGGCGAAGAUGAAAUGAACGAAAUUGGAUCAAAUGGUAAAAUUGUCAAGCAGAACGGAAAGAAGACGAAAGCAGCAGCACCAAAGAAGAAGACCACUUCCGAUAGCUAUGAAAUUCCCUAUACGUUCGAAUGUCCUUCCGAUCACGUUGAAUUCUUAGAGAUUCUCGAAGACAUUCGUCUGGAGGACACUCCUACUGUUGUUCAUCGUAUCUGCGUUAUGCAUAAUAUAAAGGUUGCUGCUGAAAAUCGGCAAAAAAUUGAGAAAUUCUUUGCUGUGAUUGUCGAUCAUAUCGCUCAUCUUGCCGCAACUGAGUCUCCAAUGCCUGUUAAGGUCAUUAGCCGUCUUGAUCAGCAAUUGUUUAAUUUGGCACAACAAAUACCUCAACAUGCUGCUUCCGUCUUUAUUGAACGACUCACAAAUGCUCAGAACUCUUAUAAGGAGCAACUAUCUGUUACAUCUCAGUUCCCAGACAUCAAGACUUUAGUCACUCUCCGUACACUUGGCCAUAUUUUCCCUACUUCGGAUUUCAGUCACCCAGUUGCUACACCUGCAAUGCUAUAUAUGACUGAAAUUUUGGCUCAGGCAGAGAUACGAUCCGAAGUCGAUAUCGGUCGCGGUCUAUUCUUGAUCCAAUUGUUGCAUGAUUAUCAAAUAUUGUCUAAGCGCUUCAUACCCGAGGUCUUGAACUUCAUCAACCUAUCCUUAUACUUACUCGCACCAGUAACAACGCAAUCGAAGAUAACUGUCGCCUUCCCGCUUCCUGAAUAUGCUCGAAACCAAAAACUUCACAUUAAGGAAACGAGCAGCGCAUCACCUCAACCACUGAGUGCAUCAGCGUUAUUGACAGACAAACUCGGUCGUGACAGUGUCAACGCUGAACAGGUACGAAUUUCUUUGGUGGUCGCCCUAUCCAAGGUUUUAGAAGCAUACAUGCAAUUGUACAGUUCAACUGCUGCUUUCGUUGAAACAUUCGAACCAUGCCUGAAUGUUCUUGAAGCCAUGAAAUCUGUUGAUAACUGGAAUGAGGAUGUGAAGACAAACCUCAUCAAUGUUUACGAUCGACUCAAACGACAAGUCAAAUUUGGAACCGAGAAGCGUACCAAGACACCGCUUCGCAUGCAAUACCAUCGCCCUGUACCAAUUGCCCAAUAUGUGCCCAAGUUUGAGGAAGGCUACUCUAUGGAUCGUCAUUACGAUCCUGAUCAAGAACGUGCCCAAUUCAACAAGCUCAAGGCACAAACUGCCAAGGAAAGGAAGGGCGCUAUUCGUGAACUUCGCAAGGACAAUAUGUUCAUGGCUCGUGAGAAGCUCAAGACAAUCAAGGAGAAGGAUGCCCGAUACCAGAAGAUGCUUACUGGUGUCAUGACGGUAUUGGAAGCUGAUCAAGCUGAAAAGAACGAACUUGAGUUCCAGAAGAGGAAGGAACAAGGAAAAUUCUAAAUCCACUUUCAAUCAUUUCUUUGCUGUAUUUUUUUUUGUAAAGCUCAGUUCACACCAUUUUUUGCAUAUGCCACACUAACCCAAAAUUAAAAUAAUAGAAGUUUGUUAGAAACAAU